UGCCUCUAAGCCAAGAGGCCAAGAAAGCACUCCCCCCAACAUCCUUUGCUCUCUGACGACUGCUCAGCUGGCCCAGAUUCCCUUUCCUGGAGCUGCCCCCGGAACCAUGGAGAGUCUGAGUGAACUACAGAACCCUCUGCUGCCUCGGAGCCCUGCCCACCUCCACGGCCCCUGCCCCUACCCCUACCCCGAGGCCUCACCCAGCUGGUCUUGCCAGGAGAAGCUCUACUCCUUCCUCCUGGGAGGUUCUGGCCCUGCGGGCGCCCACCAGCUCCUGGACCCAGGGUCCCUGCAGCUGGCUGUGGAGGCCUGGUACAGGCCUAGCUGCCUCUUGGGGAGGGACAAGGUCAAGGAGCCCAGAGCAGGCAGCUGUGAGACCAGCUUCACAGAGAGCAGGGAGCCCCAGGCAGGGCCCACAGACUGGCCCACAGAACCUGGCCAAGCCGAAGAGGGUGUCACCAUCCAGACUGUGUCCUAUGAGGUUCAAGAGGAGCUGCAGGGACAGGAAGAUGACCAGGAGGAGGAGGAGAGUGAUGCAACCUCCACAGAGAGCGACAGUGAAGACAACUUCCUCACGCUGCCCCCCAGGGACCACCUGGGCCUCACUAUCUUCUCCAUGCUCUGCUGCUUCUGGCCGCUCGGCAUCGCUGCCUUCUACUUCUCCCAGGGGACCAGCAAGGCCAUCUCCAAGGGGGACUUCCGCCUGGCCAGCGCCACCUCCCGCAGGGCCCUCUUCCUGGCCACGCUCUCCAUUGCCGUGGGGGCCGGGCUCUAUGUGGCCGUGGUGGUGGCUCUGGCAGCUUACAUGUCCCGCAAUGGCCAUGGCUAGUGGCCGGCAGGGUCCAGCAUCCUGACUCCCCUGCUCCACCUGAGGGGCUGCGGGGCUUGGAGCUGCAGACUGUCUGGAAAGCCCUGCCCCCGAAGACAAGCCGUGAGGGCGCUGUUGGGGGCGGCCUCCCAGGCUGCAGGGCUCAACCGUCAUUUCGUCCCGCCCACUGCCCCUCGCCCCAGAGCAGGGCCGGGGCACCUCCCUCCAGCCUGGGCUGUGUUGGGAAGCGGGGAGAGGGUGGGCUGCCCACCACACCAACCAGGAGGGGCCCACCUCUGGCUUGAUGCCAGCUUGGAGCUCAGCCCAUUCUGCCCACUUUCUAGAGUGUCUGUGCCCUCAGGCACCCACCACCCAACUCUGCCAGCUCUCCACAGGGAAAGAGCAGGGGGUCACAG